AAAAUCUGUUGUAUCCCUAAACCUACACCACCAUAAAUUGCAGUGCGUUUUACUAUCGUUUAAUACCCGACACAUUGCGUACGAAUAUUGUAUUUCAUAUUCACAUCUCAUUUACAAUCACGCCUACCGAAUAUACAGAAUCACUUCAAGUCCAGGGUCACAAUGCCAUUUAAACGCUCGCAAUGCUCUCCGCAUUAUUCAACACUUCACAGCUUAUUUUAUUAUCCACUACCGUGAAACAAUUAUAAAAAAUUCUCUAGUGCGAAAAACCGAAGGAUACGUCUAUUCCAUUCCGCUCAUUCCACUGCAAUCCUUUAAGCUGUUGAUAAUUAAUUUGCAUUGCACAGUGCGAUAUCAUGCAGACGUUCGCUCUACUCGCGUUGCUCUUCCUGGGCAGCGUGGCAAGUGCGCCGGAAACCUGCGAGAAGUUCUCCGUGGACACGGAGGAAGCCAAGGGCCAGUGCUGCUUGUACUUGAAGCGGGAUCUGCAGCAGGAAGACGUGCGGUUGGUGGUCGAGCGGCGCAGCAGGCCGGCGCAGGAGUCGCCGAUCUACUUCCCCGACGGGGACUUGGUGCCCAAAAAUCCGCACGAAGACGGCGGCAGGAGGUUCCUGGACAUGGACGGGAUGGACCAAAGCAGGGGGUCCGAGGAGGAGACCGUGGGCGGCGUGCAUCGCAGGUUCCGGGGACGGCCGAGGAUCGAACACGCGAGCGCGAGGCCGACGAACGGUACCAGGAAAAACGGGACGGUUGAAAUCGGUAGCAGGAAUUUUAUCGACGCGAAGGACACGUGCCCGGAGGGAUCCAGGAUAGGGAACAACGGGAAAUGCCAGGAAAUAUUCGUGUAAUGCCGUGAGAUAUUGAGUUUUACUUGUUUUAUGUAGAUAUUUUUGACAAUAAAGUGUUUUUUUAUUAAUACUUGGAGUUUGAAACGGA